AGCGAAAGAAAAUGGUGGCCGUUUCGUUGUAGGGCUACAACAAUUAUAACGAUUGUUCACUUUGGAAGUAUUACGAGAAAUAAAUCAAAGGAGAAAUGGAAGCAGCUGGAUACUUUGAACCACUCAAACUUUUCAUCAGUUUGGAAGAGCUUUUACGUGUGGAGUGCAUUCAAACAUUUGAUGAACUUCUAGAAUUCUGUAGAUGUGAAGAAAAAGUUGAUAUAGUGAUACUGAUGCAGCAGUUGCUUUUCAAUGUUCAUUUGGAUCAAUACAGCAGCACAGGAGUAGAAAUCGUAGAUUUCUGGAGGGCCCUGGAGUUGUUACGAUUACAGCACGCAUUUGUUCCAAAUGGUGUAUUAAUUUACAAUAAGUUAUAUUUCCAAAAUCCCUCUGACCAAGCUCAGGAUUGGAUCAGUCAGGAAAUGGUGAAGCCACAUGUAAGAAUGAUGAAGGAGAAGCUGAAAUUCACAGAUGUGCAGAUCAUAAAUGGUCUAAGAAUCCUUCGUGAAAGAGAUGAGGAGAUCACGUUUAUUUGUCUGCUGAACACCUUGGUCCCUACAGAGAAUGCUGUUUUGAAUGUGUACGUCGGAAUGGGGAAAUAUGCCUUCUCCGCAGAUAUCAGACUUGUCCUCCGCAACUGCUAUGAUAUCUAUCACGGUGAGCCGACCCAAGAACAGUUUGAGCUAGAAUGGAACCGGAUCAAAGGUACUGGCAUAGAGCACUUAAUGGAACAGGUAGAGAUAGAGAAGACUAGAGCUGACAGGACAGAAACUGAGGCCCUGAAUAGGGAAGCAGUGCUUCAGGAGGAGAUGAGGAGGACAGAAACUGAGGCCCUGAAUAGGGAGGCAGUGCUUCAGGAGGAGAUGAGGAGGGCAGAGGAGGAGAAACUGGAGGCUUUAAACAGGGAGACAACACUUCAGGAGGAGAAGAAGAGGGCAGAGGAGGAGAAGAAGAGGGCAGAGGAGGAGAAGAAGAGGGCAGAGGAGGAGAUGAUUGAGGCCUUGAACAGGGAGACAACACUUAAGGUGAAGAAGAGGAGGGCAGAGGAGGAGAAGAGGAGGGCAGAGGAGGAGAAGAGGACGGCAGAGGAGGAGAAGAUGGAGACAUUGAACAGGGAGACAAAACUUAAGGAGGAGAAGAGGAGGGCGGAGGAGGAGAAGAGGAGGGCAGAGGAGGAGAAGAGGAGGGCAGAGGAGGAGAAGAGGAGGGCAGAGGAGGAGAAACUGGAGGCAUUGAACAGGGAGACAAAGCUUAAGGAGGAGAAGAGGAGGGCAGAGGAGGAGAAGAGGAGGGCAGAGGAGGAGAAACUGGAGGCUUUGAACAGGGAGACAAAGCUUCAGAAGGAGAAGAGGAGGGCAGAGGAGGAGAAACAGGAGGCAUUGAACAGAGAGACAAAGCUUCAGAAGGAGAAGAGGAGGGCAGAGGAGGAGAAGAGGAGGGCAGAGGAGGAGAAGAGGAGGGCAGAGGAGGAGAAACAGGAGGCUUUGAACAGGGAGACAAAGCUUCAGAAGGAGAAGAAAAGGGUGGAGAAGGAGAAACUUCAGGCCAUGAGGGAUUUCAACGAUGCCAUUGAAGUCAGGAAUGAGGCUAUUGAUGAAAUCAUACAAGUCCUCAACAGGGAAGAAGUGCUAAAGAAGGAGAAGGAGGCAGAGUGGGAGAAAGCUGAAGCAGAGAGGGUGAAAGCUGAAGCAGAGAGGUUCAGAGCUGAAAUGUUAGAAAAGGAGCUGGCAAAAAUGACAGCACUUUUUGAGAAGGAGAAGAAACAGCUUUUAUUACAGAUGCAACAAAUGGCUGGAUUAGUGCGAGCGUGAUCUACUUCUGGUGUGAGAGAUUGGUAUGGUUGUUGUUCCUUUAGGGUCUGGGUUGAUUUUACUGUACUGUGUAUCAAGUGACUGGGUACGAGUGUCGGUAAACUACUCGUCUUGUAUUGUUGGGAGUUGUUUGAGAGGGAGUUGUUUUAGAAGGACUUAUUUGAGAGGGAGCGUGAGAAAGUUUUACACGAGGAAGUGUGCUCAUCAAUUCAUUGGUUAUAAAUGUGAUAAGAAUGAUAGCCAGUAUGUCUGUGAUUCUCAUUAAAUAUUGUUUCAUGAUGCAAUUUUCAUCUAUACAAUUUGGUGUACAACUUUCUGAAAUGUAUAUACAUCUUAAAGUAUGACAGCUAAUAUUGAAAAUAAUGACAUUCUAUUUAUAUUUAAAAUGCUUUUUUGUGUUUAAGAAGUGAAAUUACUUUUUCAGUCAAGGGAUUUGCAACUAAAACUCUUUUGGAUUGAUUAAUCUUAAUUUGAAUAUUCAAGUUUUUUGUUGUUUUGGAUAUAAUGGAGACAAAUUUAAGUUUUGAAAGUGACAAUUACUUGUGGUAAAAGUGAAAUAUUAUAUUCUAUUCUGAAGUGGUCUAGAUCUUAAACAAACAACGAAUGUCUUUAUUGUCUUAUUUAUAACUUGUACUCAUCUUAUGGCAGCAGUUCUGAUCUGUAAAAGGAGAGGACAACUCAUGCGUUUAGGUACAAGUAUAACUUUAAUAGUGCUUAUCUUGUUUACAUGUUUGUUUGUUUGUAAAUUUGUAUUGAAAACAUGAUGUUAAAAUUAUUUUUGACUUGAUAUGAUAAUUGCCUACUAUUUAGUUUGAAUACUGUGAAAUCAUUAAUUUUUCUGGGGGGGGGGGGGUAUUUUCAUCGAUUUUGUAGGUGAUUACACAUUAGAUAUAAAGCAAUUUUCAGUUUGAGAAGGUACUCGUAAUCCACAAAUUCAUGUACCCACGAAAUUGUGUAUUGUUGGAAAACCACAAAAUGUGUGCCCCACAAAAAUGUCUGAUUACACAGUAUAUUUCUGAUAUUAUUGGUGGCCUCCAUUGUCUGUGACCACAAAUCAUGUAGUGCUAUAUUGUUAGAAUACUUGAUGUGUUAUUAUUGAAUGUAUAAUGUUAAUCAACAUGUUUACACUGAACAAGCCAGUACGUGGUAUUGACAUAUGGUACAGUGUAGUUUAAUAUAAACUUGUUUUCAAAACUCCCGAUAUUAAUUUACAAAACUUUUAAAAACAAAGAAUUGUUAGUGUCUCUUCAGGACUUUUGUUUAUGUUUUGUUUAUGUCUUCUGAGAUCUAUGUAUAAGUUUGCUUUUUUACUACAAUAAUGGGUACUGUCAUUUGAAACAUUUAUGUCCUUUUAAAAAAAGAUUUCCCACUGUGUAUUUCACCCUCCUGUUCUUCUUCUUUUAGAAAUAUGUUUGCUCUGUAAAGAGCAUAUAACAUAUGAAAAAAGAAUUGAAAAUUAUUUAAAUUGCAAAUUCAUCUCUUUACUACCUGCUUGACUCUAUCAGUUUUCUCUGCAUGAAGAAUUCACAAUUGUAUAUGUGAAUUGUUCAGUCUUGCUCUGCAUGAGGAUUUCACAAUUGCAAGUGUGAACCAUUCUGUCUUACUCUGCAUGAUGUAUAACAUGUACCGGUUUCUGCUUUGAUGAUACUUUAGUAGUUGAUACAAUAAGAUCUGUUGAAGACACAAGGACAUCAUCCACAAUAAUAUAUCAAAUGUCACACAGAGACACAAUCAUUUGAACUGUACAUCCUUCAUCUGUCCUCAAUAUACUAAGGCAGCUAUUAGCUGUACAUCUUGUUAUUGUACGGCAUCAUUUAGCUAUUGAGUUCAUUAAAUGUACAGGCAGCCAAACCAGAAUUUGAAAAAUACAUCUAAUUUAAGGAGAGGUGCUAUUUUAAAUAAGGACCUUAGCUGGUUGUUUGAUGUUGUUUUGACGUAGUAGAAUCAUUCUGGAGUGACCUCUGUUAGUUACCUGUAUUAGUGUAUCAGUGAUCGAGUUCAAAAGACAGGAUUUAAGGACAGAUGCUAUUUUGAUGAAUAAAGACCUUAGUUGGUUGUUUGAUGUUUUGAUAUAAUAAAAUCACUGUGGAGUGAUCUCGAGAUCUGUUAGUUACCAGUACUUGGUUGUAACUUAGUACAUGUUUAUAUUGUAAACAUGGUUUUCUUCUCUACAUUUUAAAUGAAAAGUAUUUAUAGCGAUGAAACUUUUUAUGCAAGUAAUUGAAUGAAAAAAAUAAUAGAUUUUUCUUAUAUUUUACAAGAUCUUUUUACACAUAAAAUGAUUUUUAGCUGGUCUAGAUUUGUAAUGAUUUUUAUUGGCAGACAGUACCAAAAGUUCAUGUAAUGUACAUGUGUUCCAUUUUAACAAGAGAAUAUAACUUUUAAUUGUAAAUUUGAUUAAAUUUAUUUCAAAGGAUCUUUUAAGAAUAUAUAAUUGAAUACAGAUGUUUUUCAUCAUUGUAUUUAUUAGCUCUUGUACUGUUUAUAUUUCUCUGUUUUUUCUUCUCUUGUUUGUUUCGUGCACAUGUUUUUCUCCUUCAGACUAAUUUGUGUCUUAUUUCUUACAAAGUGCUCUUCUGUGUAUUGACUGCAAUAUUGCAUAUUAAUUAUAUGUACCCUAACUUUAUAUAUUAC